UCUCGCUACGCCUCAGCUCUCGUAGCUCGUGUUCGUAGCCGCUACGAUAUAUUUAAAAAUGUAACGUGUGAACAGUUAGUGCAAAUACAAAAUGUGGAACAUUUGUGUGUUUCUGUGCUUGGUUGCGGUGGUGGUGGCGAAUCCGGCCAAAAUGGAUUCCAAACGGGACCAUUGCAACAAGACAGUUGAGAUCUACGAAGACGUCUCGUCCCCUCCAGUCACGCCUGAGAAUUUCGGCAGACCGCUCACUUGCACAUACAGGUUCAGAGCAUUUCGAGGGUCGCCAAAAGACUGGAUCCUCAGGAUACGGUUCAAAAAGUUCAAAGUUGGCACACUGAUCAACGGGACCACCUGUCAUAAAGGAUACAUGCAGAUUGUCGACGGAAACGCAAAGACUGACGUGUCUAACCGAAAGGAGCCCGGUCUCUUCUGUGGCGAGAUCGAGCAGCCACAAACCUUUAUAUCGGAGACCAAUUUCGUGAAGAUCGUCUUCCAUGCCGAUAACUUCACUGAUCAGACCUACUUCAGUUUUGAUUCAAGAGCGGAGCAGCAGUUUGAAGUAUAUCUGCGAUAUGGUCAGCAUCCAGAGCUAUAUCCGAACAGAAGAGGAGAAGUUGUUGCAGGGUCAUACUGCGAGCGAGUGUUCCGAGACUGUCGACUGCAAACGUGCUAUGUGCAGUCCGCAGCUUAUCCAGGAGUGUACCCUAGAAACUUACAUUGCAGAUACCAUUUGAAUACUCGGCUGCCAUAUAUAAAGCUGUACAUCGAAAAUGAGGAGUUCAACAUCGACGGACAGAGAUGCGAAAACAUCAUGACGUGUCCAAUGAGGCCCAUUACUUCAGGAGCUGAAAACUGUCCAUACGACUACAUAAAGAUAUACGAUGGCAAAGAUGAGUCUGCCUUUGUGAUCGGGACAUUCUGCGGAAUGGGGAAAUUCCCCUACUCCAUCAUCGGGACCUCACAGGACCUAUUCGUGGAGUUCGUUAGUUCACCAGCAGGUCCUCUUCUCAACACCGGCUUCCAUUUCAACGUCGGUAACUGGCCGGGCCACGUCGAAGCCCCAGGAUCCAAGGUCGGCAAGUGCGACUGGCUCCUCACAGCCGAAUCACUCAAGAAGUCAGGAGACACGGAGGGCAUCUUCCUGUCUGUGGCCCAUUGGUAUCCACCGCACACGUCCUGCACUUAUCUGAUGCAGGGAUUGCCUGGACAGGUUGUGAGGCUGUACUUUCCAAGCUUCCGAAUCAACAGGAUAGAAUCCCCAAUAGUACCCUGGACCGGUGAUUGUGGAGAAUCCCUAACCCUCUACGACGCUCCUAGACCUGAUGAUGCCAGGAUCAUCAAGACCUUCUGCGACACCUUCAGUAGACCGAUGGAGAAGCAUGACUUCGUGUCCACUGGGAACGCCAUGUUUGUCAGAUUUGAGAGCAAGACCGGAAGCUAUAGCGGGUCUUCACUAUAUUACUGGGCCCAUUACGAUUUCUUCAACAACACCCGCUUUGGCGAGCCAGUGCAAGGCACCGCGUGCGACGAGGUCAUAGCAUCAUGGAAGCAAAGGGCUGGUCGACUCCGGUCUCCUCUGAACACGCUAGUGUACAAGCAAGCACCGCCGGGAGAGGACGUACAUUGCUUGUACAGAUUCGUCACCGACAAGAGAAUUUAUGCGAGGGUCAUAUUGACUAUCCUGAGCAUCAAUUUCAAGGAACAUCCAUACACUCCAGUAUCCUGCCAGAAUUGCUAUGAAGACCGAGCGGAUAAGUUGAUAGUCUGGGAGCCAACUGCCGGAGGAAGAAGCUUCAAUGCUUCUUUGGGAGCUAGCACGACGCCUUUACCUCUCCAUCUAGCAGUUCAAAGAUCUCUUGGCUCAUGUCUUUGCGCCAAGCAUUCAAAUACGGUAUCACGCGCCAGACCGUAUAGAGUAGUGUCGUCUGGAGAGUCAUUGAAUCUGCAACUGAUAGUGGAUAAUGCCCAUGCUGCUGCCUCUUACUUCAAAAAUCCAUCUCCACUCUUUGAAGCACGGUAUGAAUUCAUCCAUGGACCACUUUGCGGACCAGCUGUCCUCGCCGCUGCUUCUGAUGGAGAAAUUGUCUAUCCUCAUUUGGAAGCUUUGGGAUACACAGAGCCACCGAAACGAAUUCAAUGUAUUUGGGAUUUAGAGAUUGAAGAGAAAAGAGAUAUUUGGCUUCAUUUUGAUAGCAUCAAGUUUGCGUCACGUCAUUGUGAUGAAGGAAAUAUUCAGAUUUACCUACCUGGCCGUGUGGAGCCUUACUUGUCAGUUUGUGGUGAAAAUGUAUCAUUGGCUCGAGAACUGCCUAUAUUAUCAGCGGGUGAGCUGGGAUUCGAGUCGUUAGAUGACCCUCUAGUCAUUGAAAAGGAAAAGACGAGAUCUAUUAGAAUAGUUUUUAUAGGCAGCGCGUCUCCCGCCCGAGCUAACUUCAAAAUCGCUUGGACUGGACUGUACCAUUUGCCCAAAAACUCUGAUGGCACAUUAAUGACAUCUCGUUUGACCGACGGCUCUGGUAUGAAAACAUCAGAAUCGAUGCACGGCUGCGAUUUUAUAUGUCCCGGUGAAGCCUUGUGUAUUCCAGCUAGACUGAUUUGUAACGGCGUCGUCAAUUGUCCUAACGUGACGAGUACUGAACGAAAGUUCUGGACAGCAGAAGAGAAGGCAGCUAGAGAGGCGUAUUCGGAAGACAGUUUACGCCGUUUAGGGUAUUUAGAUUUGUUGAAUGGAAUACCUUUAGGGCAGUUGCAUGAUGAGGCGCCUGAAUUAUGUGCAGGGGCUAGGAGUGCAGGUGGAGGGGAUUGGAUGGCGCCAGCUUUAGGGGCAGGGCUGGCGAUUGCUUUAGGAGUGUUGGCGUUGGGUGCUGCUUGGCGCCUCUGCUGCCGCAAGCGGUCGCCUGACGAGGAAUCCUUGGAUUACUGACAUGGGGCCCGCGGCGCGCCGCACGCGCCGCGUCAGCUCCACUCCCGCUCCGCCUCCCGAGACUUCCCUCAGGACUGGAGCCUACAUUGACAGACGCUGUACUGAGCCCCGGAGCCCUCCUUUGUUGAUUAUUGAACAAUCGCGAGCAACGAUCGUGCAUCGCGUGACUGCCGCGUGAGGUUGAAGUGUAUAAUGUGCUGUAAAUCAGUGGGGUUUGCUGCAGUGCACUUUCAAUUUAAUUAUAUCUACAGCCAUCUAUGCUUUACGUGUUGGUGGUGUCAAAAAGUCACAAGUACAUUUCAAAGUCUUGCACUUGUGACUUUUUUGUUUAUUCCAUGUAUGAUUUAUGUUCGUUCUUUGUUAACUUUUAUGGAGGGUCUGUUUUGAGGAGCUCAAAGUUUUGUAAUUAGUGUAUAUACCCCAUUAUUAAACGUAAAUUGCUUGACAAAUCAUAGGUUAGGACCGUGAUAGUAGCCAAGCAGUUAAAAUAAUUAGAUAAGCAAGCUGUCUCACUUUUUCAUUAUUCAAUAUCAUCAAGAGCUCAUUGACAUUAGGGUAAAUUGAACAGUAAUGGAACUAUAAAGCUUAUUGUUGGAUAUAAAUGAGUAUACUUUGUAAGUCUAUGUUCCCGGUUGUGCUGUCUUUACCCUGAUUAUCCACUUAUGCAGUAGGAAGAGUAAUGUUUCUGUUUUGGUAUUGUAAAAUGACCUGUGAUGUAGACAAAACACUCAUUCUUAUCCGGAAUCCAUUAUUAUUGCGGACCUGAAAUUAUAAAAUAAGAAUGAGAUUUUUGUUAACAAUAUUGAAUACUCUCAUCCCUUCUAGAUUACUUUUAUACUACUAGUAAAUGUUGGUAAUUCUGUUUGAAGAUGUGUGUCAGACCCUUUAGCACAACUUGCCUUGUCGUGUGCGAGUCCAUAAUUAUUUGAAGUCGCGCGUGAUGUAGCGUGACAAGGCUUUGUGCUAAAGGGGCUGGUCUUAAAAAAAAGGCAGCAUUUACCCCCUUUUUCUGUUGUCAUUCCUUUUAAUGAUAACAUCCGCUUAGUAUUCAUAUAGUCGAAUAGAAUGACGAAAACUGAGACGCCUACCGAAAAUGUUAUUUAUUUGUUUCGUAAAAUACUGAUUUAGUUGUUAUUUAUGAGAGGAAAACUAAUAAUUUCCCAUUUCUUAAUAUACUUUCAUUGGUAAAUCGUUGUUGUAAAUAAACUAAGGUAAGAUCGUUACUAGAUUUUAGAAUAUUUUUACAAUUUUAGAAAUUCCUUUAAACUCGAUUUCAGAGGAAUUACUAAAAUGUUAAGUAAGCUCAAUAACGAAUGGUAUUAAAAAUAAUUAAAGUUAUGUUAUUGCACUUAGAUUUAUUUAAACUAUCACUGCCUUUGAAAUAGUUUUUGGAAAACCACUUAAAUAAUAAGGACUUUGUAAAAUUUUACUACUUCCAUUUUUUAUAUUAUAAUUUUCAUAUUUCCUAUACAUGUAUUUAAUUUUCAUUCCAUAGUAUCUGAAUUUAAAUCCGUUCUAAGUGUGCGGCCUGAGUGUACGCUGAUAUUGGGCGUAAAGCGGGGCGGAGCGUGCGGCUUGCAAGUCAAACAAUAGGCUUACUAAACUCGUAUCGAAUUUAGCACAUCAAGUUAUUGUUUUCUGUAGUAUUUAACUUAAGAAAUCAAUAUUUAUAGCUUGCGGGCAUUAAAAGUGCGUGAUGACUGCGUAUUUUU